AUGCCUGAUGAAAGUCCAAAUAAACGCAAAAUUGAGUUAGAAGAUGAGCAAGACUCCUUGUCAUUUGACAACAAAUUGAAGAGGACCAAACUGAUUGGGCAUGAAGACUUGAAAACAACCGUUGUUGAAGAAAUGAGGAAACUUUUUGAAAGCCGCAUUGUGCAAUUGGAGGAGCGAGUUAAAGUUCUUGAGGAUAUUUUAGAAUUUAACAGAGAUGAUGAUGAUGAUGAUGAUGAUGAGAAGAAGAAAAAGGAAGAUGAGAAAGAAGAUGGCCACCUAGGUAAAGAUAAUGUGCAACUACAAGACGCUGAAACAAAACAAGAACCAAAGGUGACUGAUAAAAGUCUAGGCAAUAACGCGCCUGAACUACCACCCCGGGCAAAAACUACAUUUGGCGGAUCAACUUUCCAAUUCAAACCAAACGCAACAACUGCUGCUGCGACAACCACUGCCAACGAAGAGACAAAGACUAGAAAUAUUAAUGAAAAAGAAAGAGAAAAAGAAAAAGAGAGUGAGAAAGAGAAUGAGAAUGAGAAAGAGAGAGAGUCUAAAGAGAAUAACAAAUACAAAGAAUCGCGGAGCGUGCCUGUGAGUUCGAGACCUGUUUUUGGAGCAACUACCUCGUUCGGAAACAUGGCUAAGUUUUCGCCAAACAACUCGGACUCUACGACCUCAUCAACAACGGGUUCAACGUUGACAAGUAAAACCACAAACCCGAAAUCACCAGCAUCCAAACCAGCGUUUGGGUUUGGAUCAGGAUCAACUUUCGGUAAUAAAUCACGAUUUGGUAAUGCAUUUCAAGAAUCGUUAAAACUGAAAUCCUUUCUUGAUGCCGACUCCACUGAAGCAACAUUGGAAUCCAAAAACGAUACCAAGUCUGAAAACGCCCCAUCGCUGAGUGGAAGUGGUUCUGUCGAUAACAAACCUGAAUCUCAAACUUCAACCACUACAAAGCAAUUUCAACAAGUCGACCUCAAUCCCGUUGAGCAAACCACUGGUGAAGAAGAUGAAAAGUCCCUAUUCACAUCAAACGCUAAACUUUUUGAACUUGAGUUAUCUAAGAUCAGCGAGGGAUGGAGAGAAAGAGGUGUUGGACCUUUGCAUUUGAACCAAUCAAAGAGAGAUGCAAAACAAGUACGAAUAGUGAUGAGAUCACAAGGCUUAUUACGUGUUAUUUUGAACUAUCGGAUAGUUAAGAAUACUGAAGUUAUGCGCGGUCUUGAAGCAAGUCUAGCCCCAGGAAAAUAUUUGCGAUUAAACUCAUUAAACUCUGAAGGGAAACCAAUACAGUACCUCGUCAAGUUUGCCAAUGAGAAAUUGAGAGACGAAUUGGUGAGCAAAAUUGAUGAAUUGAAAACUGAGAUGUAA